UCAACCUAAAGAAUCAGUUGGAAUUGGAUGCAACGCCCGUGAAUCCAGAUUUCCCUAUGUCCGGCACAACAGACGGAAAUUACGGUCCUUUUGCUCCAAGUAUUUGUAUGGCCUCCACUGGGGCAAAUAUGGUCUGGUGGCGAGGGACUUUACCUGCUAAGGCAAGAAUACAGAAAAUCGACAUAGUGUUUAGAGGUUCAGCUCGUGCCGAUGGCUUUGCCUUGUGGAUAUCAAACGAUACAGGUAUACCGUCUGGUAUCAAAUGUUACGAGGAUGUGGACGUCGGCGUCCCAAACUUAACUCAAAACAUCACCUCAUGUAACAGAACCGGUCGGAGAGUGAUGAUAAUCAUCACAAGGACAGCACCAACACUAGCGUAUAUGGACGUGUGUGAGGUCGAUAUUUACGGUUGUUUUACAUAUAAAUAUGGUGACCAGUGUCAGUACACUUGUACCCACUGUAAACACGGAUGUAACCCUGACAAUGGAGUUUGUGAUUUAGCACACUGUAAUGCGGGAUGGACUGGACCACGGUAUUGUGAUCAAGCUUGUUCAUCAGUUACAUUUGGGGAGAACUGUGUUGAGGAAUGUCAUUGUAAGACGCCCGGAUGCAACGGAGUGACCGGACUCUGUCACACACAAGGAUGUCAUGCUGGUUACCAUGGAACCAGUUGCAGUCAAGGUUAGUCACGGCUUUUGAUACCAU